AUGGCCUUGAGAUUCAACACCGAUGGACUCGGCAAAACGUACAUCGGCAUUGUUGUCGCAUGGACCUGCCUGUUGCUCCCCGCCGCCAUCUUCCUCAUCCGGAAUCGAAAUCUCUCCUACCUCCGCAUGCGAAACAUCCCGCUAGCAAUCAGCGCCGUCGCCACUCUUCAUGUCUACUGGGUUCUGUGCAUGAUCGCAUAUGUUCUCAAUGGAUACUUUCCAUGCGCCACGGAAUACUGGAUCAUGAGCAUCUACCUGCCACUGGGAAUUGCGCUGUUCCACGCGACAAAUACACAGUUGCUUUCCAUCGCUACCGCCCAGAAGAGGUACGCCCAGGGUGAUGUCCUUGUCGAAUCACAACCAAGUAAACAACCGAAAGCACGAGGCUGGCGCAAAUGGUGGGAACAACUGAAGACAUACAACGCCACAAAGAACACAAUGGCAUGGAUUGGAAUGGGUAUGAUUGUUCAGCUUGUCUUCACCUUGGUUGUCUUUCUCAUGUCCCGGAAGUUCCACCCUGGUUUCGGGGUCACCGGGCAGGUGACUUCAAGGUCAGGCUGCCGGAGAGGAUGGGAAUGGUGGCCUUCGAUUGCCUGGCAGUUCUUUUGGGCUUGGAUUUACGCCCCUAUCCUUCUUUGGCGAGUACACGGGAUCGACGACGUUCACGGGUGGCGGUCCCAGACGGUGGCUUGCAUCCUUGCCGGAAUGCCUGCUUCGCCAAUGUGGUUGAUAGCACUUUAUGCAAGUCCCAUGAAAGCGGUGAACAGAUACUUUGUCCCUCCUCUAUGGUUUUCUGCGUCCAUUGUGAUCAUGCAGGCUUGUGUGAUAUUCGUCCCGUUCUUUCAGAUUUUUAAGAAUAGGAAGCUGGAGAGCGAAACAAGAGAAAUCAUUGCAGAAUGGGAAGAAAAGAACAAAGCCAAUGGGUCCUUUACAUCCACUUCAACCAAGGUAGGAGUGCGAUCAAGAUUUUCGACUCACCAAUCCGUCAAGAGCAAUACCAGUAGCCGUCAAGGGGAGAUGUACACGAUGAGCGCCCUCGAAAAGACUCUACAGGUCAACCCGACCCCUCUGCUCAUGUUCUCAGCUCUGAAAGAUUUCUCGGGGGAGAACAUCAGUUUCUUGAUCCAUGUGCGUCAAUGGAAAGCGAAUUGGGUCUCUGCAAGUCCACGGUCUGGCUUUCUACGCAAGCAGGAAUCCUUCAAGCCUCGGGACCAAGCGUUGAUUCGUCAACAAUUCAGACAGGCUGUUGGAAUUUACGCGUCUUUUGUCAGCCUGAGAUACUCGGACUUCCCCAUCAAUAUUUCAUCUGCUCAUCUGAGAGACCUUGAAGCUGUUUUCGAGCAAUACGCUGCCUUGGUGUGCGCCGAGCCAGCCACCAAUUCCGCCACGCCUUUCGACAACUAUUGGUCGUCUACAGUGUCCGAGGAUGUCGAAAGUCAAGUCGGCAAGGAUGCUUUAUCUGUUGUGUCUACGGUAGUUGGUGAAGGUGGAAGAGAAGAGACAAAGCCUGGUUGCGACCGGAUAGGUCAACUGCAAGAGUUGAAGAUGACCAAUUUCGGAGAAAGACUGCCUUCCAGCAUCGGCAUUCCAGACGCAUUCGAUCCCGCAGUGUUCGACAAGGCCGAGUUGAGCAUCAAGGAGUUGGUCUUGACCAACACUUGGGCCAAGUUCGUCAAAGCAGGAUUUGCCCAGAACACUGUCAAGGGAGGCUUUGCGGUGGCGUUUCAAGCAGGAGUUGAUGCUUGUCGACAAAGACUUGCCAGAGUUACGGGUCGAUUCGCAAAAUGA